UAUGCAACAAAAGGAAAACCAGACACCUCUCUCUCUCUCUCUCUCUCUCUCCCCCCAGUAAAAUCUCAAAAAGCUUCACAAGAAACAAUGAAAAAGCCCUAAAGACCACACACCCUCUCUCCUUCUAUGACCAGAGAGGCUAUGAUUGAGUUAAACAGAGAAGAGCUUCCUUUGUUCUCUUCCUUCCUCCUCAUACCCACCACCAGUUCUUCAAUUCCCAGCUUUUUUUGUACCCAUCUCUGUCUCUUUGAUUAGACCCAUCUUAGAAAUAGCGUAGCAAAUGUAAAAGCGUUGUUGGGUUAACAAUUUGUUUAUAGGGUAAAAGAGUUGUUUUUGGCUUCUUUGUGUUCAGCCACUGCGUUCUACUAUUUGCUUUGUACAAUCUUUUCUUUCUGGGCUUAAGAUGAGGAAGCAUGGUUGGCAACUCCCUUACCAUCCCCUUCAGGUUGUGGCUGUUGCCGUAUUUCUGGCAUUGGGGUUUGCCUUCUACGUGUUCUUCGCUCCUUUCGUUGGGAAGAAGAUGUUUCAGUAUAUAGCCGUCGGAAUCUACACUCCUCUUAUUGCCUGUGUUUUCGGCCUGUACAUAUGGUGUGCAGCUGCUGACCCUGCAGACACCGGAGUUUUUAGGUCUAAAAAGUAUAUCAACAAUCCAGGGAAGGGGAAGAAUAUCCAAGCAAAGGAUUCCAAACUAGCUGUGGACUCAACUUCAUCUGUGCAUGAGUCAAAUGCUCCUUCAAUUGUAAAGAAACAUGCUGAUUCAGAUGUCAUGAGCGCAGAUGUAACUCCAAAUGACCCCAAUACUGACAUUCAAAAGCAGAGGGCCUUCAGAGAUAAACCAUGUUGUUUCCUAUUGGUCUUUUCACCUUGUGCUUUUAUCUGCAAUUGCUCAAAUCCAAAUGAGGAAUCCUCUGAGCAACAACUGAGCGAAGAUGGAACGUUCUAUUGCAGUUUGUGUGAAGUUGAGGUUUUCAAGUACAGUAAGCACUGUAGAGUUUGUGACAAGUGUGUAGACCGCUUUGACCAUCACUGCAGGUGGCUUAACAACUGUAUAGGCAAAAAGAACUAUCGGCAGUUUUUCACCCUCAUGGUUUUUGCUCUCCUCUUGCUUAUUAUACAAUGGUCAACUGGAAUCCUUGUACUGGUCUGCUGUUUUCUUGAGCGGAAGCGAUACUCUGUGGAUGUCUCUUCCAAGUUGGGAAGCAGUUUCUCUCUGGUUCCCUUUAUUAUUGUGGUGUCAUUAUGCACCAUUUUGGCCAUGAUUGCAACGCUCCCUCUGGCUCAGCUAUUCUUCUUCCACAUCCUUCUCAUAAAAAAGGGGAUCAGCACUUAUGACUACAUAGUAGCAUUAAGGGAGCAAGAGCAAGAGCAAGAGCAACAAGUAAUUGGGGGUCAGCAGAGUCCGCAGAUGUCUACUGUCAGUUCACUUACUGGAUUAAGCAGUGCAAGCUCCUUUAGUACUUUUCACCGGGCUACAUGGUGCACACCUCCUCGUCUGUUUUUGGAAGAUCAGUUUGAUGUUGUUCCUCCAGAAAUUCGUUCUGUAAGCUCAUUAGGGAAGAAGAUGGUAGGUGAAGAGCCAGUCAAGAAGAGGAAUCCAGCAGUAAAGAUCAGUCCAUGGACAUUAGCCCGAUUAAAUGUAGACGAGGUUUCAAAAGCUGCUGGAGAGGCAAGAAAAAGGUCUAAGAUUUUGCAUCCUGUUACACGACAGGAAACGUCUUUCGAACUAGAAGCAGACAGCAGCUUUGGCAGUAGUGGCCGCAGAGUGGUUGCAAGGCCUGACAAUAAUAGAAGGCGAGCUAGUAAGCGAAUGCGCCUUCCAGCUGACCUACCUGUGGAGCCUAUAACAAAUGUCUCAGCUAUGGCUGCUGAGAAAGGUUUCAGUGAGACAUCAACUAGUUUGGCCCCUCUUCAGCUUGAAGCGCGCAGUGCUUUCCAAACAAGUCGUGCUAUGUCAACCUCUGCUGGUGUUGUUGCUUCAUCUCCUGAGAGUAGUUUAGACUCACCAGACAUACACCCAUUUCGGGUCUCCUCUUCAGGAGCUGAAGAGUCAAGACAGCUCACAGGUUUUUCAGGAAGUGGUGCAGUUGCUCAGAGGGGAAUUCCAUUUUCAAGGUCUACAAGUGAUGGGUAUGAAGCUUCUGGUGGAGAAGAUAGUGACCAGGUUCCUUCAAGGAAUGUCCAAAGGUCUGCGAACUGGAAUAAUAUUCUCUUUAGUGCUGAUCAUGAUGAGAGGCUUGUCAGAUUGAAGACAUCAUCUUCGUCUAGCCAUGUUAGCGAUAGAAAGAUUUGACAAAUAAUGAGUUACUGAAGUUUGGUGUCUUUUGACUUGAUUGAUGGAAAAUUUCUCCAAAUUCUUUAAUUUUUGGGCCAGAGAAUUCCAACAGCUAACUGGCCAUCUUCAGCAUUGCCUGUUUAAAUCUGGUGAUUUGUUUUGAGCCUUGAAUUGGGAGGCACAACUUCAUGAAGAAGACAUGACAGGGCCGUAAAAGAUACAAGUCACUGCUUGCUUUAUAAACUGCAUGCAAGCUUCUUCGAAUCCCUGAGCUCUUUGUUCUUUUACUCUGGCUUACAUGAAGGCAAGUUGGCUCUUUCAGUUGAUUGUGUUAGGAGAAUUCGUGUUUUGUUCACAUUUACAUUCUUUGCAAAUGUACUUUGUUAUCUACUGGAUUUAAAUGUCAGAAAAAUGUAGAUCAUGUGAGAUUUUGAUGAAUCCUAGACUUGCCUUAGAAAAAGGAUGUCAUCUAGGUUUUACUUAUCUUCUAUGUUCUUUUAAGACCGUCUUUAUUUGUCUUCUAUGUUUUUUAAAGACUGUCUUUGUUUUAUUUUAUUUAUUUUUGUAAGCAAA